UCACCUACUUUCCGCUGACUUUGUAUCAUCAUCUUACAGUCAAAUAUCAAGGCUGUACAGCUCUGGGAGGUGGGUCGGUACAGCUGGCUGCUGGUGUAGAGGUUUGGCAACUUGGCCAUGCUGCCCAGGAGGACGCCAGGCCAGCAUGGUCAUCCUGAGACCUCGAAUGGGAAAGGAGGCUCCAAUUGUAACCGGCCUGUCCUUGGGAUGAGGGGCUGGUCAGGGAAGAUUGUUCUACAGAACUUCCAUUGAAUCUGUCCUGUCACCCCCGGAGGCUGAAUUAGGCUAGUCAAGCUGACAUCCGCGGGUUGUGUCCUCCUGGAAGCGCUGGCAUUUGGUAUGUUUUGCUACUCAGCCUGAAUUAUGUAAUGAGUCAGGGACCUCUGAACAAGUGGAGUCCCUUCUCCUUGCCUGGAAAGGACCUGCCAGGUGCAGUCGCUUCCCGGGAUAGGCGCUGGGAUAGAGGGGCAGGGCUGAGCGCCUUCCGCUUUCCGGCCCUGGGGCGGGACUCUGGCGGUGGGUGGGGCCUGGAUGGGGUUGGGUGGGGCUCUGUCAGAGGGCGUGGCGGUAGGCGGAUUGGGGGAACGGGUGGGUGGGUUCCGGAGGGAGGGGUAGGCGGGGCUGGGGCGGGCCCGCCGCCUCGCUUCCCUAGGAGCAGAGUCCCAGAGCGGAUGAAGGCUGGCGUGCUGCUGGGGCUGCGCAGGGCUGUGCGCUUGCGGCUCCGGAACAUUCCCUGCCGCUGGGCCUCAGAGACCAAGCCAAAGGCCGGCGGAGCUGGGUGGGAAGAGAAGCGGAGCAAGGACAGAGUGAAGUGGAGGCAGCUGGAACACAGAGGCCCAUACUUCGCCCCCGGCUAUGAGCCGCUUCCUGAGGGAGUACGCGCUUCUUUUGUGACGGAACUGACAGUAGAAGAGAGAUGCCUCAUCAAGCACCUGGACAAAUGUGACUUCACGGAGAUCCACAGGCACUUCGUAGACAAAGCUGUGGCAUGGCGAGCCCUCCCCAGGGAGGAGAAGCAGAAGCUCAAAGAAGAGGCAGAAAAACUUGAGCAAGAGUUUGGCUACUGUAUUUUAGAUGGCUACCUAGAAAAAAUAGGCAAUUUCAAGGCAGAGCCGCCUGGGCUGUUCUGUGGCUGUGGUGACCAUCCAAAGAUGGGGAUGCUGAAGAGGAGAAUCAGACCGGAAGAUGUGGUCAUCAACUGCAGCAAGUGCGCAGAUCAGGCUGCCAGGCUGAGCUGGAGGGACUCAAAGAUCCCUGAGCCCCCAGCAGGUCAUCAGUGGAAAGAGGUGCGUUCAGAUAAGACAGUCACAUGGCUGGCGGCGUGGACCGAGAAUGUCCAGAAUUCCAUCAAGUACAUCAUGCUGAACCCUAGCUCCAAGCUGAAGAGGGAAAAAGAUUGGCAAAAGUAUGAGAUAGCUCGACAGCUGAAGAGGGUUGUAAAUGAGAUCCGCUCUCAAUAGCGCACCGGCUGGAAGUCACAAGUAAUGAAGAAAAGACAGCGGGGUGUGGCCCUUUAUUUCAUUGAUAAGUUGGCGCUGCGAACCGGAAAUGAGAAGGAGGAGGGUGAAACGGCCGACACAGUGGGCUGCUGCUCUCUCCAAGUGGAGCAUGUCCGACUACAUGUGGAUGCUAAUGGCCACAAGCACGUUGUGGAGUUAGACUUCCUGGGAAAGGACUCGAUCUGAUACUAUAACCGUGUGUCAGUGGAAAAGCCUGUGUUUCAGAACUUACAGCUGUUCAUGAAGAACAAGGAGCCUGGGGACGACCUCUUUGACAAACUGACUACUUCCAGCCUGAACAAGCACCUGCAGGACUCGAUGGAUGGGCUGACAGCCAAGGUGUUCUGAACCUACAAUGCCUCUACUGUCCUCUAGAAACAGCUGCGGGUGGUGACCAGAGCUGAAGACAGUAUAGCCACCAAGAUCUUAGCUUACAAUCGGGCGAACCGGGUGGUGGCCAUCUACCGCGGCCAUCAGCAAGCAAUUCCCAAGACCUUUGAGAAGUCAAUGCGGAAUCUACGGACAAAGAUCCAGGCAAAGAAGACUCAGGUAGCUGAGGCCCAGGGUGAGCUGAGGAAGGCUGAGGUCGACCACAGAAUCAAAGGGGAUGGCAAGUCCACAAGCAUCCUGGAAAAGAAGCAGAGGCUGCUGCGAAAGCUGGAGGAGCAGCUGGUCCACUUGAGUACCCGGGCCAUAGACAAGGAGGAGAACAAGCAGGUGGCCCUGGGCGCAUCCAAGCUCAACUACCUGGACCCCAGAAUCAGCACUGCCUGGUGUGAGCGGUUUGGGGUUCCUAUGGAAAAAAUUUACAACAAGACGCAGAGAGAAAAGUUCGCCUGGGCCCUUGACAUGGCAGGUGAAGACUGAAUUCCGAAUGCCUCUGCCUCCACUGGAAUUUUGCCUGUGGUUCAUUUACUAGUUGAGCAAGAUUGGGGAGUUUUGUACAAUAAAAUAUUCUGCAAGGUAGAUGGCGCUGUGAUCUAGAUCAAAGGCCCUUACAGAAGCCCUGUCCUAGGAAGUGGCCUGGCUUGUUGUCUGGCUCAUCCUGUGGUGUCCCAGCUCCGCCUUCAGACCCACGGAUCCUGCAUGAGGAAAGAGCAGAGACUGGAAACUCUGCAGGCCGAGGCUGGGCCCUGUCUUCACACGCCACUUCUGCAGAAGCAAAUGCUGCCUCGUGGCUGCACCCGGCGGUCAUUUCUUAGUCCCUGUCUCAUGAAAGCUCUCCAGAGCCUUAUUUUAUGGUGCUGGGGAUGGAGCCCAGGGUCUCACAUGAGCAUGCUGUGUUUUCCAGCCUGGGCAACACAGGGAGAUCCCAUCUCAAGAAAAUAUUGUUAUUUAACGGGCUAGUUCCUUUCUAAUCUCUUUGCACUUUUUUUGGUUGGUCAGGGUCUGGCUUUGUUGCCCUGAGUGUCUGGUCUCAGACUGCUGGUCUCAAGUGAUCCUAUCUCAGCCUCUCCCCUGUGACCCUCUCCUCCCACGGCUUCUGCACGAAGGGUGGACCGCACGCAGGUUUUCCAAGCAGGGGGCUUUAUUGUUUUCCUCGCUGUCUACAGGAUGAGAACACAGGCCGCCAAAUGCCUCUCUCCCGUGCUCACUCGGAGCCGUGCGCCAGCUGGUGCUGCAGGAGGUGGGAGCUGAGGUGGAAAGCGUGGCCACACUCCACAGCAGAAGGGCUUCUCGCCCGUGUGAACCCGGCAGUGCCGGAAGAACCCGGACAGUGCGCGGAAGGCGCAGAAGGUCCACACUUACGGCACUCAAGGGGCUUCUCCCCAGUGUGGAUGCGGUGGUGCUCGCGGAGGAAAGACUUCGGCUGAAGGUGCGGCCACAGUCCCAGCAGGCGAAGAGCCGCUCCCCUGUGCGCACACUGGUGCUUCAGGAGGUUGGAGCUCUGACCGAAGGCCUGGCCGCACUCCCAGCAGGCAUUCGAAUGGGUUCUCUGCCUGGUGCGUUCUGCGGUGCCGGAGGACGUUGCAGCUGUGGACGAAGGUCCUGCCGCGGUUGCUUGCUGCACGCAUACAAUCGCUCGCCAGUGUGGAUGCGGUGGUGCUUCACGGCGUCAGAACGCUGACCAAAGGCCUUUGCCGCAUUCAGUGCACUCGAAGGGCCUCUCUCCCGCAUGCACUCGCUGGUGCCGGAUGAGGUUGAAGCUCUGGCCGAAGGCCUUGCCGCACUCCUGGCACACGUAGGGCCGCUCUCCGCUGUGGCUCCUCUGGUGCCGGAUCACAUGCGCACUGUGGAUGAAGGCUUUCCCACAGUCAUUGCACGCGAAUGGCUUCUGCCCCAAGUGCGUGCUCUGGGCUUCAUCACUUCCGAGGAGCACUUGAAGCUCUGGCCACCGGUGUCACACAGGUAAGGGUGCCCUUGGGCCGGGCCUAAGUUCCAAGCUACUUCUGGCCUGAGCGCACUGCACCCACCGCCAUUCUGCCCUUCAGUU